AUGGCGGUCUUGUCUAAACCGGCCACAGAACCAAAAUCCGAGCUUUCGCCUAUCCCGGUUAUAGAUAUCUCUGACCCAGAAUCCAAAGAUGCCCUCGUCAAAGCCUGCGAAGACGUUGGAUUUUUCAAGGUGAUCAACCAUGGCGUUCCCGCAGAGCUAGUCUCUCUUUUGGAACACGAGACCGUGGAGUUCUUCUCGUUGCCCAAGUCAGAGAAAACCCAAGUCGCAGGUUAUCCCCAUGGAUACGGACACAGUAAGAUUGGUCAGAACGGCGACGUGGGCUGGGUUGAGUAUUUGCUGAUGAAUGCUGAUCUUGAUUCCGGUUCGGCUCCACUCUUUCUGGGUCUUUCGAAAAACCCGGAAACUUUCAGAAACGCACUGGAAGAGUACAUAACAUCAGUGAGAAGGAUGACGCUCCAUGUCUUGGAGAUGAUAGCAGAUGGGCUAGGAAUUAAACAGAUAAACGCACUUAGCAAGCUCGUGUCUGACCAAAAGACAGAUUCGAUACUGAGACUUAACCACUAUCCACCAUGUCCUCUAAUCAAAAAGAAGUCCAAUGGUGUGAUCGGUUUUGGUGAACACACAGAUCCUCAAAUCAUCUCUGUCUUGAGAUCUAACAACACUUGUGGCCUCCAAAUCAAUCUAACAGAUGGCUCUUGGAUCUCUGUCCCUCCCGAUCAUUCUUCCUUCUUCUUCAACGUUGGUGACUCUCUCCAGGUGAUGACGAAUGGGAGGUUCAAGAGCGUGAGGCAUAGGGUUUUAGCCAACUGUAAGAAAUCUAGGGUUUCCAUGAUUUACUUCGCUGGACCUUCUUUGACUCAGAGAAUAGCUCCGUUGACUUGUCUUAUGGGCAAAGAUGAGGAGAUGUUGUACGAAGAGUUCACUUGGUCUGAGUACAGAUCCUCUGCCUACAACUCUAGACUGUCUGAUAAUAGGCUUCAACCAUUUGAAAAGAAGACUGUCAAACAUAAUACAUUAACUGUUAAAAAAAUGAUUAAAUGA